AGAAAAAAGGCGAGGCAGAAGAAGAAGAAGAAGAUCCAGACAGAACCCUUUUUAGAUACUGUUCUGAAGAUUUGUCUGAUUCCGACCUAAUCAAAGAAGUAGAAACUGUUUCCGGUUGCAAUCCUUGGUGGUUGUCAAUGGGGUUCUUAAAGAAGCUCGCGGGCGUGUUUGGAUUUGGGCAGGAAGCUGUGAAGAAUGAGGAAGACGAUACAGUCAUCGAUUCCGGCGACGGAGAUAAGCGGCGGGAGAAUAAUCAGCCGAGGUUUCGCGAAACCAGACUACCCAGGAAAGGAUUUGGAGUUCCGGUUCAAGUCGCCGUCGAAAGGUCUCAACUUGGUCCUGUUCUUCAGCCGUGCUCCGCCGGAGACGGUGGUAUCCAGGGACUAAGGUGGUAUACAAAACGGCUAAGGGUUGAUGAAGAUGGAGAUGUUGCGGAUGAGUUUUUGGAAGAAGGAGAUAAACCGACAAACGCAGAAGACGAUCAUAGCUCUAAGACAAUGCCAAGACUUGAGGCGAAACGCAAAACAAAACCUGCUAAAGUAAGAAGACUGGUUGUGUCUUCUGAUGGUAAACUCCAGCAAUGCAUUGAACAUCAAGGAAGAUUAUUUAUAGUAUGAAUAUGAUUUGAAAGAACACACAGAGAACUUAGGGCAAGCUUUUGUUUCAUCAGCAUUUCAAAUUCUGAGCAAAAACAAGACUGGUUUUAUAAUUAGAGACAUAAAUGAUUUUGGGGUUUGUUUUACAAUUAGUUUUGGAUCUAUUAGACUUUGUAAUUUGUAUUACUACGAGUUCUUUGUGGUUUAUACAUAAUAUCAUCAAUCU